AUGGAACUAUUACUAGUCAAUGACCAGGACUGGGAUGAAGUCAGGAUCGGGAUCAGCAAGGCGCUUUAUACGACGUGUCUGAGUUCCGUCAGCAAUCAAGGUUCUUUUGCUAGGGCAUGCCAGGCCUCUCACAUGCUCGGAAAAGUGAUUCGUCAUACCGCGGCCAGAAACGAAUCCGGGCUUAAUGCCGAUCUGACAACUGAGGCCUUCGGUCUCCGCAGCGCUUUGACGGCCUUGCAUCAGGCUGUUGUAGAAGAAACGAACACCCGGCAGUUGGUUGCAUCUCGUGAUGCCAAGGGCAUGAUCGCUCUGUCGAUAUGCUGUUCUACCCGUUUUCUUUUAUAUCAUCAGUACUGCUGCAACGAUUUGUCUCGCACAGCGGUUCCUGAACCCUCUGCACGGGACACAGAGUUUCAGCAGGUCGCCUUGACCUCGAUUCCAGGACUCAUCAUAUCUACAAUGCCUUUUAUAUUGCGCGCUGAACCAAAAAGUUCCGUUAACAGCGCAGAGCCUGUACUACGCAGCAACCUAAUGCGCAUGGUAUGUUAG